AUGGGUGUAAAGCGUAAAUCGCCUGCUGUGGACUCGAACGUCGUAGUAGAAUCUCCGAAACCUUCGAAGCGUAAACAGUCGAAGAAAAAAGCCCAAAUGACCGAGGCGAUCGGCAUUGAGGAGCUUGACGAGAUCCGCAAAGAAGGUGUGCAAAAGCACAAGAUGGCUGCGAACACACGGGGCAGCUACGGCGGCUAUAUCUCUAGGUUACAGAGGUGGGGUCGGGGAACUGCAGGGUAUGAGCUAGCUUUUGAGGGAGAACCUAAGGAAUCCUCGCCGAAGGCACUUGCCAAUUAUAUCGCACUUCGGUGUCUAAAGGACGGACUCGGUCAGAGUACGGCGGAUGGCGCUCACGCGGCUUGGAAGAAGCACUGGGAGGAGUUGGAUGGCGACACUUUUCGAGGGCCAUGGAAGCAAGAUCCCCAUACUCAGAGGUGGGUUGGUAAUCCUGCCAAUUCUGCACUCGUUCAGGACGUCAUGGUAUCCAUUCGGAAUAAAUACGGCGGAGAUGGAGCUAGCGAGCGCAAGCACUCGGCUGCGAUGUCAUACGAGCAGAUGCAGACGAUGAUGGGAUGGUCAGAGAAGGAGUGUCCGAUCCCUGCGAGUGGAACGACUCCGAAAUCUUUCGCCGAGCGAGAGCAUCAGGUCAAACAUCUAAUGUUUCGUGCUUUUGCUUGCAUUGGGUGGGUUGUGUGGACGAGAAACUUCGAGACUUCAAAGAUCAAGAAACGCCACCUUCGCCUCAACCAACGAGAUGCUCAAGGGCGCUUGUAUCACGAACUCCAGUUAAAAGAUCGAAAGGGAUGGCAACGACGCCGCUCGAAGCACGGUUCCCAAUCAAUGGAAGAAGACCUUGAAGGGCGAACGUACAAGCUCUAUGACAUACCACACAUGCCGCACGUCAACGUAUAUCGCCAUCUGGCAGUUUGGUGCGACUAUCUUGAGCGGAACGUCUACUGUCGACCUCUCCAGGAUGACGACUUCAUAUUCCCGAGCAUCGGUUCUGGUGGUGCAGCUCAGGAUCUGCGCCAAAUCUCCGCCGACGACAUUCAGAAACUCAUCAACGAGUUCGCAACGAAGUCUGGGCUGUACGAUAACAUGGCUUCCGACUAUCGAUUCACCACGCAUUGCUUCAGGCGUGGCGGCGCUCAAUAUCGGUUCAUGUAUGCUCCCGAAAGUGAACGGUGGACACUCUCCAUCAUUCGGUGGUGGGGUGGCUGGGCCGAAGGCGAAAGUACGGACACACUCAUCCGAUACCUGCUUGACGAGCUCACCGCUUAUGAGUCUAGUCAUAGCGAUGCGCUUGCGCCUAAAGUCCCCAAUAGCCCCACUAGCCCCAUUGCCCCGCCUCGCAUUCGAACGGUUGUCGAGGACGCAUUGCCUUCGGCCUCUCACCGCGAAGCCUGGUACCAAGACAGCCUGCUCGGUCUACACACCAGCAUCAAACACCUCUUAUCCCGUGUUGAUUCCCUCGCCCUCAUAGGUCCUGCACUCUACUCGCUCACACACCUUCUUCCGUCGCUGUGUUCAUUACCGGCAGGCACCGCGCCACCCAUAUUUCCGCCACCAUCACGCCACCAUUCUAUUGCUCCUUCGCAGGCUCAUCUACCAUUUUCAUUCAUUCAUCAAUCGCUCACACCGCCCAUCGUCGACGAUUCACCCUUCCCAUACGCAUCCAUCACCACUCUUCCUAACGGACUCAAUAGCCAGCCCCCAGCUUCCGUCCCAUACUCGCACGAUAGCUACGCAGGUAAUGCGUCUGAACGCGGCGGACACCAGUACAACUCGACCCUCGAUCAAAACAUCCAUGGUUUGAUUGUCCCUCCAUUCAAUUCAUCCUCCAAUAUCUCGAGUACGCACGACCCAGGGCCUGCGGCGUCAUCUGCCGCCCACCUCACGACGUCCCGAACGCCACUUCUCCAGGUUUCUCAUAUCUCUCCCGCCCUCGAAUACAAAAUUCUCAACCUUCCUCUCCCAAAACCCGACGGUUCGCAGACCAAAGCCGACUCCUGGCGGGAUAUAGUUCUCCUCUGGGAUCACGGUAUCCCAGGCAAGAGCAUUCCUCCAAUGAAAGACUGGCCCAACGUGUGUCGCCAGGGCCCUAAUCGUCAACAGUUCGCCGCGCAUUACGGACAGCGGAAAAAGAUCGCGCUAGAGUUUAUUGAAUGUUAUGGCCGCGAUGAGACGCGCUUUCUUCAAGCGUACGGAGACGCAGCGGGCAAGGGCCAUACUAACCUCCUUGCGGCAAUCACUGCAGCACAAAGGGCGAGCGGGCGUCUGGUUCAGCGCAGGAGUAAGAACGGCACCCCUACCGAGAGGGUAAGCCUUGCCACAGAGCAGGUGUCAGAUGACGGAGUCGAGGAAGGAGGAGAGAAUGUAGUUGAUUCAUGA